AUGAAUCUGUUGUUCAGUAGUCUUUUCCUGGUGGCUGGGUUGUUCCUGAGCAGCUCGGCUCUGUCAGUUGAAGAAUGCAGACCUCUGAUCACACCUCUUCCAAGAUUUGAACCGAGUUACGGAAGGUGGAUCUUUAUCUUGGGUUACAUUACUAGUGAACCACACAGAGUCUUGUUCAAGACAACCAAGAGCCAGUGGGUUGACUUCAUUCAGACGUCACCUGACCACAAGGAAUUCGUUCAGGAUAUCGGGAUCAGGCAUCCUACAUAUUGCAAGUUUGGAUCACACCCUGUAACUAUUCAUUCCAACACUGCAGCAACUGACAAGUCCAACUUCACCUGCACAUACCAUUCCCUGCCAACCUGUGAGGGAUGUCUGCUCUACACCGUGGACAGCAGAACCAACAAUCAAUUAAUCCACAUUAUGAAUAUCGACGAACCUAAGACCAUUGCAGAGGUCAAAAGCUAUCGGGCUUUUUACCUGAUGGCCAAAGAGUCGACUAUCAAGCACCACGAGCUGGCACAUGCCAUGAAGCAGGCCAAGUGUCUUGGUUUCACUGGAGAACCAGACUUCAUCUACGACCCCAAAGACACUCUCUGUGACAAAGACGAACAGUAAGCUGAAGAAAAGUGAAGGCGAUAUUCAGCUGAAGUACUAACCAUCCCU